AGAAAAUUUCAUAGCUGUUUCAAUUCUAUUAAGCAGAGCGGCGGCUAGUAGUAGGUUACUUACAAGUGACCAGUGCCUCGCAGUCUUUGCCACUUGCUCACAGUGAUGCGUGUGUUUGUUUGCAGAAAACAAGUCUGUUCUGCGUAGAAUAAACCGUGCAUGAAUACAUACAUACAUAUGUAUGUUUUUGGUUAAAUUAUAACCCGCGAGAGCAUUGGCAGAAACAUUGAAAUACAAUCAUGGCAUGCAGCCCUCAAGCAGGAGCAGGUAGCAGAGGCUACAUAUUGAACGGAGUAUUUUCAUUUUUUGUUGCAGUAACGCUGGGAAAAGGUUCAUUAGCUGAUAUAUUACAAUGUUAUAAGUGCUCCGUAACUAUAGAAAAGUAUGUCGUGGAGAACCGAACAAUUACGACCCCACUGUGCUCGAAAUUUGAGGAGAACGAUGGUUACAUGACGCCCUGCCCAUAUUCAACAAUGUGUUUGAAAACAAUUUCUAUUUUACACUUACAAAAUGGUCAAAAGCAAGAAGCUGUGACAAGAGGAUGUGCCCAACAAAAGAAUACCACUCAGAUAUUCCGCAAUAAACAAUGGGAACAAGAGCACCUGGUUCAGGAAGUGUACGAUGAGGGGUGCACAGAAGUAAAAGACAAUCACUUGGCGGGAUCAGCAAAAAUAAAUUGUUACUGCCGCGGAGAACUGUGCAAUUCAUCAAGUCUACCUAGCAUUGACCCAAAUAUUAUGAUCCUUAUUGUUUUACUUCAAACCUUGUGGCUCAUGCUUUCUCCGAGUACCUAAUCCUGCUGACUGAAAUAAUAUCUAUACGGGAAAGCUUCUUUUUCAUUAGAUUUAAGUGCUUUAUUGUGAUAAAUUAUUAAAUGUGCAAAUUUAACCUACGAGUAAAUGUCGCAUAGCUCGUGAAAAGUACUCAUUAAAAUUUGUUAAAUAAAAUACUGUACAACAACGGAUGCUACCACAUGGUU